AUGACUUGGUGCAAUGACAGUAGCGAUGUUCAGACCGUUGAAACAAUCAUUCCCUCCCCAACAGUGGCCGAGUCUCCUGAAGCCUCAUUUCAAGCGGGGAUCCAUGACUUGCCGGGACUGCCUGCCGGAGUGAAGUUCGAUCCGACUGAUCAAGAGGUAUUGGGGCAUCUUGAAGGAAAGGUAAGAGAUGACGCAAGAAAGCUGCAUCCUCUCAUCGAUGAGUUUAUCCUUACUAUCGACGGUGAAAAUGGUAUCUGUUACACCCAUCCUGAGAAAUUGCCAGGUGUGAGCAAGGACGGGACAGUCCGUCAUUUCUUCCACCGACCAUCAAAGGCAUACACGACGGGAACAAGAAAGCGACGUAAAGUUCACACUGACUCCGAAGUCGGUGGCGAGACACGGUGGCACAAAACCGGAAAAACACGGCCAGUUUUCACUGGAGGAAGAGUGAAAGGCUACAAAAAAAUCCUAGUACUCUACACAAACUACGGUAAACAAAAAAAACCCGAGAAGACUAAUUGGGUAAUGCAUCAAUAUCAUCUUGGCACCAACGAGGAAGAGAAAGAAGGUGAACUCGUCGUCUCCAAAAUCUUCUACCAGACUCAACCGCGCCAAUGCGGUGGAUCCCUUGCUGCUGCUGCCACGACAAAGGAGCGGCCUUACCUCCACGGCCAUCAUCUCGGUGGUUGAUAUUACGUGUAUACGCACACCAAAUAAC